UUUCACGUCAACACCCACUGUUGUUUCUGCUUUUUUAAACCAGGAAGAUGGAUUUGCUCUCGAACAAAUGGAUAGUUAAUUUGCUAGUUUCUUGGUUUUUCAUCGGUGUCGGCUGUAAUUCAGUGGAAAAGAAGAUUUAUGUGCAUCUCAAUUACACUGUUCCCUGUGUGCGACUUCUCAAUGCAACACAUCAAAUAGGAUGCCAGUCCUCGCUGUCAGGUAACGUGGGCGUCCUUCAUGUGCUCGAGUCAGAGGAGAACGUUGACUGGGUUCUGGGGACUGGGGCCAAUCCUCCUUAUCUGGUCAUCCUGGAGUCUGCGCUCUUUACCAGAUCCAUCAUGAUGAAGCUGAAGAACGGCUCCGGCAGGGUGGCAGGCGUCGCUGUUAUUAUGCCGAACACAAACCCGCUGGAGGGCUUCUCCCCACACACCUCCUGUCCCAACGAGAACACAGGUGUGUAUUCAGAGACCUACGAUCCAUCCUUGGCUCAUUGUAACGUGACGAUGUGGAACCCUUUUGGAAACGGCUUGUCCUAUGAGGAGUUCGAUUUCCCCAUCUUCUCCAUGAAAGACGACAAGGACACUCGGGUCAUUCGGCAGUGUUACAUGGAUCAUAACCGCGGUGUGAAUGGCAGCGUUCCUCAGUACCCGCUGUGUGCCAUGCAGCUCUACUCUCACAUGUCCGCCGUCACCGACACGGCCACCUGCAUGAGGAGGAACGACCUCAACUUAAGCCUCAGCCCAGAGAUGAUUUGUGAUCCUUUGGGUGAUUAUAAUGUUUGGGCCGCCACCAGACCUCUCAACACGACAGCCAAGGGCCACAAGACCGGGGAGAGCGUGGUCGUAGCAGCAGCCAGGUUGGACAGCCGCUCUUUUUUCUUCGACGUAGCUCCGGGUGCAGAGAGUGGAGUCUCCGGGUUCGUCAGUCUGCUGGCGGCCGCUUCUGCUCUAAAAACCGUCAUUCAGGAAGCCCCGCCCAACCGCACCAUCUUCUACACCUUCUUCCAAGGGGAAACGUUCGACUACAUUGGCAGCUCCAGGAUGGUUUAUGAUAUGGAGAACAAGCAGUUUGCCGUGGACCUAGACAAUGUUCACUCAGUACUGGAGAUUGGACAGGUGGGACUUCGCGCUGACUCCAAGCUGUGGCUCCACUCGGACCCUGUGUCUCGGAAGAACGACAGCGUCAAUGACGAGGUGAAUAAGCUCAUCACCAACCUGCAUUCUGCUGCCGUAAAUCUAAGCGUCUCCGUGGAAGAGCCCAAUGUCUCCCAGCCGCUCCCGCCCUCGUCCUUCCAGCGUUUCCUCCGAGCUCGACCAAUCCCCGGUCUCGUUAUCGAGGAUCACGAGUCUUCCUUCACCAACAGGUUCUACGAGAGUAUGUACGAUAACGCAGACCACCUGAACAUGUCGUACCCAGCAAACCUGACGCAAGAGGAGCAGCUGGAGUUUGUCACCGAGACCGCUAAGGCUCUGACGGAGGUGGCCACCCUGGUUGCUCGGGCUCUUUACAUUCAGGCAGGAGGAGCUGAAGCCCAGCUGAGAAACAUUAACGCUGACCCUGAGAUAGUGACUCGGAUGCUGUACGGUUUCCUUGUUAGAACAAAUAACACCUGGUUCCAGCAACUAGUCCCCUCCGACCUCAUGAGCCACCUGGUGGACAGACCCACAAACUUCUACGUGGGCGUGGCGCAGCAGACCAGCGAGCCGACCCUCCUGGUUCAGUAUCUGCUGGCCAACAUGACGGGCAGCCACUUCAACAUCUCACAGGAGAACUGCAAGAACCAGAGAGAGGACGAGAAGGACGAGGAGAGCAAACAUAUGUAUUCCUACAUGUGGGUCCAGGGCACAGUGCCCCCUAACAACACUGAGAGGGAGGGGUUCUGCGUUCGCUCCACCGUGCGACUCUCCAAAGCUCUGUCCCCGGCCUUCGACCUGAAGGAGUACACCUCCAAAGAUUACUCCACGUGGACAGAGUCCCGCUGGAAGGUCAUCAAAGGACGCAUUUUCCUGGUGGCGAGUCCCGACCUGGAGAUGAUGACGCUGGGUGUGGGCGUCGGCGUGCUGAUCACCUCCCUCCUGCUGACGUACAUCAUGAGCUCGAAGGCCGACAUCCUCUUCAGCUCGGGACGGGAACCCGCCAACGCCACCUACUGAUCCAGACUGACCACUACUACUUCUAAUACUACUACUACUAUUUCUACAAGUACUACUUCUGCCCCACCCUGACAUGAACACGGUCUUUUCUUUAAAACACGCCACAAGUAGGUACACGGACAGGUUAGACACAGAAGCAGAGGUUAUUUUUUUUUUUUUUUUUUUUCGACUACUCCAUGUUUAAGGACUCACUCAGGUGAGGCGGGACAUGAAGACUGGACCGGACUGGACGGAUCUGGACUCAUCAGGGUCAAACAGGCCCUGUCAGUGGACAAGAUGUUUAUAUUUCUUUUGUUUUAAAGGUUUUUUGUUUUCUCUUUUUAUUGUCAAAGAAUGUUUACUCUGUCCUUGGAUAGGCACUAAACAUUGAGCAUUACUUUGAACAUAUGUGUCUGAUUGUGAAUAUGUAAAUGUGACCGAGUGUGUGAGUGUGUCGGGGAUGAUUAUGAGUGUGUGUGUGUGUCUGAACUUUGAAUGAGGAUUGCGAUGGUAUGUGCAAUACUGUAGCUGUCUUCUCUGUCAUUAUAGUUAACUUAUCAAUCAGUUCUAAUAAGAAGAAACCACUUUUUUUGAGUCAGUGAACAAGUAGUUAAAUUUAAGUUUUUUUGCUAAUUCUGGAAAUGUGUGGUGGCGUUUUUGAUAAGUUUUAGGUUCUUGGACAACAAUCCUAAAUAUUUAUAUUUGCGGAGUCCCAGUACACAUAUAAAUACUACACAUGUAUGUAGUGGUAGACCCACUGCAAUUUCACAUAUUGUGAUAUUUGUGUGGAGGAGAAGAAUUCCCCCUGAGCACGGCAUGGCAGACACACUUUACUUUAUAUCGAAUAAAACGUCAAAUCCAGUCAGAAAAUCUUGUGUUUCGACACGUCAAAUGCGCUGGUGCUCUGGUUGUGCACUCCUUUUGGGUUAAACCUUUUUAACAAGGUUUCUUUUAAUGAUGACUUUGUAAAGAAAAGUGUCAACACGCAGAAGGAUUUUAAUUAAUUUUGUUGUAAUGUAACGGCUGGAAUCAACGACCAAUUGUGAUGCCUUGAUGAAGAAAUAAACAUUGCUUUUUUUUCAA